UGUUUUGCGAGUCAGUGCGACACGGAGAAGGGCAUCAUUUUGGGUGAUGGUAACAUGGGCCGGAGCUCUGACUUCAGCUGGCUUGGAUUAUUCAAAGUUUCCUUGGAGGAUUACGAUGACGUUGACGAAAUAGUAACUGGAAUCGUACUCAUUAAACCCAAUUAUGCGCUCGCCAAUGCAGAAGAUAUUGCCAAGAUACCAAAGGAGAUAUUUUUGCAGCACAGUGAAGCGAUGUUUAUAUCGGAAGGCGACGUGGCGGUGUACUACAGGCCGCUCUCCUACGUCACACAUCCCGAGCACCAAACUGCUGUAUACAGCAGCAUUGCUAUCGUCAAACUCGCUGUUCCUGAAGAUAGUCAAGUGAUCCCAAUAUGCUUCCCGGACAUUUCGUACGACUCUGAUCAUCUUUACCUCUUCGGAUAUACAGAUGACAACGAUAAUACUAUCUGGGAGAAGGUUAUAUACAAAAUUCAGCCGGUGGACACUCACACUUGUGCUCGGUUCUAUAAAAAUGAAGGAUUGGUAGACCGGCAGCACGAGCCGGAGUCGUACGUGUGCGGGCGGCAUCAGUACAGCAACGCAUCUUGCAUCUGGGAAAAUGGCAUGGUACUAGCUUCCAACACCACUGGCUGGUUCACACUCAUUGGGUUCAGUGUGCAUGGGCCUGGGUGCAAUGUGCCUGCUCGUUUCAUCUUCAUGCUGCACUACUUUUCCUGGAUUAACUCGGUGACGCGAGAAAGUGGCAGGCGAGCCGGUGACGAUAGCGAUGAAGUACCCUUGCACAAUUUAGUAAAAUCAAUCAAUGUCCCUCUCGAGAAAAAUCCAACACCAGUAUUCUUCAUUCGGCACGACUAUAUCAAAUGGCCAAGCUUUAAACAUGCGGUACAAAUGAAGUAUUUCCAUCUAGAAGAACCUACCUACGAGGACCCACAUGCAAUUGCUAUAUAUCCGUUCAACACGACGCAGGAAAUGUAUUGGAAAGCAUGCCAGUCAAGCCGUGCGCUCAUAUACCGAGAGCAUUUUAAGCUCGACGCGCCCCGUACUUCUGGAGUCGUCAGGUACAAGGUAUCAAUGUACAACCUGAAUAUACCAGCGUGCUCGUGCGUCACCCUUACGGUACAGUGUACAGAGCGGUCGGAGGCUUUCUUAACACUGAGAGACGAAAUCAAUUUUACGCCUGAGGAAGGUGACACCUUCGGUGGUGGGCACAACCCAAUGCAUGAUGCAGCUUUUCAGGUGGUUCCCGUCACAGAGAAAAUGCCAGCCGCUAUGAAUCCUGCUAACAUUUCGUCUGAUGAAAUAGAGCCGAUGAAAUUUCCAAACUCUGUAGUCCAAUACUUGAGCGGAAAAUCAGCUACGGGGAAAGUGAUCAGUUAUGACCUAUACAUACAAUUGAAAUUUCAUGGCAGUGCAGUAUUGAAGUUUCAGAUAUUUGGGGAGCCUUUACUGCGUGGUACAACAUCUGAACCGGCUAGAGCACUCUACGCUGACCCUUUCACAUUCCCAAGUCAUACAGAAGAAAACCCAUACGGAGCUCGAACAACACACGGCCCGAACUGGCGUCCACCACCUGGUUGGGAUAUUCCUGAAACCUCCCCUAGACUAACUUUACGGGGUUGGGCUGGUGAUCCAAGUAAUCUAGACGAAUUAAUACGUUUUAAUAUCACUGAAAAUACUAGAGUAAAUGAUGAUGUGAUAACACUCGAGGCUACGGAUGAUGAUGAUGAUCCGAUAAAGACAACUCCCGAUCCCUAUAAUUCCCGGCGUAAGAAGGAGCGCUAUGAUUCCCGGCGUAAGAAGGAGCGCUUUGAUUCCAGACGUAACAAGGAGCGCUUUGAUUCCAGACGUAACAAGGAGCGCUUUGAUUCCAGACGUAACAAGGAGCGCUUUUGGGGUAACACUGUUAAGUGGCCCUCUCUUGUUGUGGAUGACAACCUGGAGCAUGAAUCACUGAAUGCAGGCCCGCGCCUAAGCCCAGACCCAUGGUUCAUGUCAGCUUGCUGCGUUAUACUCCUCAUGCUGUUCGGUAUACGUUAGCGAUAGUAUAAUUCUAAUAUGAAAUGACAAUGCCAGAAUCUCUAUAGAGCUUUGCCCCACUUAAAAAGUAUAGUGUACAGGCAUGCCAAAUGUAGCAUUCUAUUGCCGAGCGGCAAUAGAAUGCUACAUUUGGCAUUAUUAGUGAUAACUAAAAACAUGAUUAAAAGCAAAAUAGAACUUGCGGUUUCUAUACAAAUCUAAGAACAAAAUAUUACAUUUAGGUUAGGUACCUGUUUAGAUUAGUUGCAUAAUGGUAUAAUGGUAGAAAUAAUUAAAUUAAGUGCUUUAUAUUAUUACAAUGCUAUAUAAUAUGCAUUCAUUAUAAUAUAUAUUAUAAAAAAAAUAACUAAUAGUAUGUAUUAAAACCAAAUUCAUAUUAAAAUCCGUACACAUUACAAUAAUAAAUCUUUUUUUUAUUGAAUGACUCGUUUUGUUCCUUGUGCAAGCGUACUAAGAAACGCAGAUGGUCGCGAUAAAUACAGGAAAUAGGCCUUGGGUUUUUUAAAUUCUUUUUAUUUCCUAAUUUUUAUCCGCAAGUUUAUCAGAAUAAUAAUUAAGUAACCAAGGGACUUAUUUUCAUUGCAUAAUUUAGAUUAAUUAAAAUUUCUUGUACAUUGAUGAAAUUAAGUGGGGCAGGAUCUGGCAUUGUCAUUUACACACAUAGUUCUCGUUCCCAUGUGAUUUGCAGGAUAAAAACUAUUCUAGUCUUUUUCCGCAUUUCAAACUAUGUGCCUACAUAAUUAUACCUGUAUUGAAUUUGAAUCAGUAAAAAGUUUCAAUUUAUCCCCUUUUUAGCUACCUAGGGGGGAAAUAUACAGGGUGUUAAGUCGACGUCCGACGACGACGUAUCGACAUCAACAUGACCCGAAUGGUGUUGUUGGUAACUUUGAAUAUUUGGCGAAUUUCCACAUUACGGAAUUUUAUCGGCAAACACAUACUGGUUUUACAAUUGUAUAUAAUGUAUAUCCUGGUCUUAGGCACUGCGGGAUUUUCAAUGACAAAAUUGUGUGUAAUUUCCUGGACGCUGCCCAACCGAUUUGGAUUAAUUCGUAGGUAUAUGUAGUGGUCCACAACUUCGAAGACAUUCCUAACCAUGACCGGUAACUUAAGAAAGUUUGUUAUUAGGAAACGGUAUUGAGGUUGCUAAGCAUGGCCCUCAGGUCUACCAGGGACGCGACUAUAUAUGCCAUUGGCAAAACCGAGAUGAAUUAUGUAUUCGCUAUUAACUAUGCCGAGUCCACUUAUAAGCUUUUGGCUGUUCAAGAGCUUAAACCUCGUAAUUGUAAGAAAAUACUAAAGAGACUAAGACUCAUAGAAGUUAUAGUUAUACAUAUAAUAAUAAUUUAUUUUUAAAUUAAGUAUGAGAAUAUGGUAUAAUGUAUAAUGUAAUCUUAAGUACGGGAGAACCAUACUUUGGCACGAAUGGGCGGGCUCGACCGGAGUGAUACCACGGCAUUACAAAAAACCGACGUGAAAUAACGCUUGUGUUGUGUUUCGUUGUAUGAGUGAUGUUACCAGAGGCACAAUUACCAGCCUUCCCAAUCUUCCCUAUCCAAAUUUUCCAACAACCCUUAAAUUCCUAACUCCCAAAAGGCCAGCAACGCAUUUGUAACACCUCUGGUGUUACGAAUGUCGUGGGUGGCCGCGAUUGCUUACCACCAGGUGAUCCGUCUGCUCGUUUACCGGCUUAAAACAUAAAAAAUAAACAUAAAGCUAUGUAUGUAUAAGUACUUACUGUGUUUACUUUAAAACUAUUGUCAUAACUUAUCGUUAAAUGUAUGCAAUGUGGGUGUUUAUGAUUCUGUUUAUUCUUUGUACCUACUUUCACUUGAAACAUAUAAUUAUGUAUAAUAUAUGUCCUAGUUCAGGCACUUAAUAUUGUCGACUUGAUAUAUUUAUAAGCAAAACGUAUUAGUAGAUUAUUGUGUUUCAA